AUGAAUAAAAAUAAUAAUAAUAAUGCUCUAAGAUCAUAAACACCAUUUAUGAGUGAGAAUCAUCCUUUGAAUCCUUAUGGUAAUAACUUUAUAGAUCACCCGUAUGAAUCAAAAAUAUUUUAUAAAUUCAAUUCAGUCAAACAGUAUGUCCAUUUGGAGGAGGAUGAUUAAUUUAGAAUCUCCAAAUAUUCUGCCUAUUUUGCAUUUGGUCUAGGAGGGACAUUAUUAGGGACCAUAGGAGGUUUUCAAUUGCUUUUAAAAUAUGUUAUGAAACCAUACUACACUACUACAUAUGAACAUCUCAAUCACUAUAAGCAUUUAUAUUUGGGAUUGCUAGUUGCUUCUGGUGUUACUUUUAUGUACACAUAUUUAACAUCCUUAUAUAUUGAUAACGUGUCAAGGCCAUUACUAUAUAAAUAUUUAGAAGAAGCAAAAAAGAAUGGGUUCCAAGAUUAUGAAAUUAGUUUCAAACAAUAAUGA